CUGUGGCACCAAAAAUUUAUUUUUGUUAAAAUUGUCAAGGAGUUCGAUAAAAAAUACUUUAUCCGUGAUUAUUUUUCUCAUUGUUAUCUAGUUUGUUCAUAAAUAUACUGUACUCGUUAUACAAGUGGAGCUCAUUAAGAAGCUGCUCGCUAUGGCGGGCCCAUCCGACGGGGACCCCGACGGAUGGGUCGAGUUUUGCGAGCGUCAAGCCAAAACUACUGCUCAAGACUUUGCCAAAGCAUAUUUACAUUUCGUACAGAAUAAUACAACAGACACGGUCUCACGGCCCAUCUCCCAGAAAGAAAUUUUGAAGAAGUUUGUUGAAUGUUUUUCAGAACAAUUCGACAUAGAAUUUGGUAAACUGAAAGCACAAAACAAGAUACCGAACGGCACGCAUACAGGACACGACGAGAGCGACUACUCGGAGGACACCGAUUCACCGAAAACACACCACAAACCCUUUUUCAGGAGAUUAUCUUUCAAGGGAUUGAGACGCGGUAAAGGACUAUUUCAUAAACAACACUCAGAUGAAGUAGAACUUUCGUCUAACCUUAACAAGCAAACUAAGACUAAACUGGCAAAAAUAGUUGUGGAAUGUAGGAAGGAAGGUCUAGUGAACUACCUAACACCAGAGAGCUUAGAACAGCCUGGGGCAUCACAGAAAUGGGAGAAGUGUAGAUUAGCACUUGUUAAAACUGUGGGUGGUUACAUGUUAGAAUUUUAUUCACCACCAAAGGCACAAAAACCUCGUAGUGGAGUAUUUUGCUUUUUAAUUUCUGAAGCAAGAGAAACCAUAACACUAGAGAUGCCUGAUCAUGAGAAUACAUUUGUUUUAAAAGCAGACAACAACAUGGAGUAUGUGAUAGAAGCAGCAGACGUAGAUGAUAUGAAAUCGUGGCUGGCCACUAUAAAAUAUUGUAUGAGGACUGCACCAACGUCACAACCUCCACCGGAAACACUAGCUAAUUUACCCGAACCUGCCCCACCUGAUUUACCACCAAGACGAGACCUGCCAGCGAGUACUAGUAAUGCAAAUCUAAAUUUGGAGACACCUGAAGAUGGAGAACUAAGUUCAAUAGUAGAAGAGGGUUACGAGGUAGAUCGUCAGCGACAGUCGAUGAGCGACUGGCCGUGGUUCCACGGGACGCUGGCGCGGUCGGCGGCGGCGUCGUGCGUGCUCGCGGGCGGCGCGGCGGCGCACGGCUGCUAUCUCGUGCGGCAGAGCGAGACGAGACGUGGAGAAUUUGUGCUAACAUUUAACUUCCAGGGUCGAGCGAAGCACCUUCGUAUGACGUUGAGUGAAGCUGGUCAGUGUCGGGUGCAGCACCUGUGGUUCCCUGACGUGCAUGACAUGCUGGAGCACUUCCGCGUGCACCCCAUUCCUCUGGAGUCCGGGGGCACUGCGGACGUCACCCUCACCGAGUAUGUCGUCUGCAACGACCCCGCUAGACCACAACAGCUGAGCGUAUCGCACGGGAGCGACGUGCGCAUGCGCCGGGCGGAGUUGGAGGCGCUGAUGGCGGCGAGCGGGCCGCCGCGAGACCAGCGCGCCGUAGACAACCAGUACGUGCUGUGCGCCGGCCGCUCCACCCUCGAGCGCCCCGCCCCCUUCGAGCGCCCCGCCCCCCUCGAGCGCCCCGCCCCUGCGCCCGCACCCCCGCCCGCCCCCGCCGCGCCUGACGUCACAGACCGUCCCGCAGAGUAA